AGGCAACGCGCGGCUGCGUUAGUUAAACAGAGAGUUGGGAGACGCUGAGGGAGAAGCAGGCAGGAGUUUAUUAGUGUUGAGUAAAAUGUCGGCGACUUUCAGAUCAAAAAAAAAUAAAGCUCCGAUUCAGGAGCGAAUCUCAGAGUUACAGAGAAAAAUCACACUACUGGAGGGAGCCAGAAGAGCGCAGUUUGAGAGCUCACAGUGUUUAAUAAAAGAGAACAGAGAGAAGAUCCUGCAGCUCAGACACGAUAAUAAACUCCUACACCGGAAGAUGGCCGAAGCGCUCGCGGGAGAUGAGCAGGUCAUCAAGGAGGUGUUUCAAUUCCGCAUGUUAGACAAGGUUGCAUUCAGGAACAUGCCUAUGAAGGAUGUGGUGCAAUGUCUGGAUCAGAAAGUGUCUGAUAAGAUGAAGAAGCUGAACACACUGAAACAUGUGACAAACAUGCAGCGCCAACGUCUAGAGGAACUAAACACUGAGUACAACACUCUGAGAUCACAACCUGACCUUCAGACUGCCAGAGAGGUCACGAACCUGCGUUUGUUAGAGACUCGGGUAGAAGAAGCACAACUGAAAUGUCACGAGGCUGAACGCAUUGUGAAGAGCAACCGUAAACUAAAGGAGCAUCUUCAGGAGGAAAGUUUGUUAUUCCAUCCUCAUUUAGAUGAGAUGGAGUGUGAGGUUAUAAGACAGAAACAAGAGCUCAGAGACCUGCAGCUAAUGAACAACAAUGCACACCAGGCCAAAGGUGCAUCCAAGGCGGAGCUACAGUCUCUGGUGUACUGUGAGAGGAGAAUGAGAAAAAUCAUCCUGAAUCAAUACGAAAAUCUGGCAAAGGAACAAAAAACACAAACUGACAUGAAGGAACGCCAAGCCCAGAGGGUGGCGCUGCACACAGAUGAAAAGUGUGAGAAAGACAAAACCAUCUCCAUCUUUGAGGAGGCCUUCAAACGCAUCACAGAGGCUACAAAAAUCACCAAUGCAAACGAGGUGGUAAACAGGUUCCUAUCUCAGUGUGACACUCACACACACCUGGAGCAGAUGAAGUUGCAGAAUGAGUGUGAGCUUCAGAGUCUAAAGGAGGAGAGAGACACAAUACACACUCAGUACCAGGACAUGAAGUUCUUAGGAGAGACCAAACUAAACCAUGGGAGGAGGAUGUUGGAGGUGUGUGUCUCAGUUACAGAUAGAACAGAAGAGACGAGAUGCAGCUAAAGAGACUGUGGACAGAAUCACACACACACUGAACACCGUGAGCAACGCUGUAAAGCACCUGUGUGUCAAACUGCAGCACAUCACACUACAGGAUGCCCCUGUGCAGGGAGAGGGUGUGUCUCCUCUACCAGUGUUGGAUAUGUUGCAGGAGGUUGAACUGAAACUAAUGCAGCUGCUGGAUGAACUACAGAGACAUGACAAACACACCAUGGACAUGGAGGAGAAGUCCGAUGCCACCAAUGAAGGGGAACUUCUUGAUGUCAGCACCUGCAUCACAACACCAGUUAAGAGAGCUGACCUAAACAAAGAAAGGAAAGACAGCAAGGAUGGUCCUAGUGGUGUCUUUAAUCGGACGUGUCUCAAACGCCUGGCACGGAUCAACGAAAGCUCAUCAGCAAAUAGGAAGACUCCUCAGAGGAAGUGCAAACAUUGACUUUUCACCUCGUUUCAUAUUUCAUUUUAGACAAUCAGAAAUAAAUAAUAUUGAAAGUU